AUAAAAUGGACUCCAUAGCUAUUCAGAUCAAACAGCUGGCGUCCUCUGCCGACGAGACAGGCCGAAGAUAUAUCCUCGACACCCUCACCGAGCUGCAAUGGCAGGUCGAAACGCCCUACGAUACCCUAAUGCGCUUCAAGAUGAUGUCUGGUCCGCUAGUCAUAGCUCGGAUCGCUGCUGAUCUAGGCCUUUUCAAAAUACUUGCUCGGAGCGAACAGUGCCUUGAGCUAGAUCAGAUAGUGCAAGAGACCGGAGGAGCGGAAUCGAUGAUCAGACGCCUGCUACGGACAAUGGCCUCCUUCAGUCUCAUCGAGGAGGUUGGAGUCGACCGCUUCACUGCCAAUGCUAUGACGAGACUGUGGGCCGAGCCGGUCCAUGAAGCCCAUCUCCACGUAUCGUUCGAAAUGAGUAUCCGGUUGGGCGGGGCGCUGCCCGACUUCCUCGCCGAGCAUGGAUACCAGGAUGUCACGCACCGGCGAGACACAGUCUUCCAAAAGGCCUUCCAGACAGACCUGCUCGCCUUCGAUUACAUGGCCACCCAGCCCGAUCUGCUCAAGUCUUUCCAGCAGACGAUGGGCAUCAAGCGCGUCGUUGACUGGUUGUCUGUCUUUCCUUUUGAAGCAGCGCUGGGCGACUGGGAUAACGAGGUGGAUCGACCCCUUUUCGUCGAUAUCGGUGGCGGAUUCGGCCACCAGAGUACUGGCGUGCGUCGUCGUUUCCCACAGAUUUCGGGGCGAGUGAUCUUGCAAGAUCUCGAGGCGUCGUUGAAGCACGUCAAGGAUCUCGAGGGGGUGGAGAUCAUGCCCUAUGAUUUCUUCACGCCGCAGCCAGUCAAGGGAUCACGGUUCUACUACCUCCGCAUGAUUUUGCACGACUACACAGACGACGACUGUCUGCGGAUCCUCAACAAUAUCAUCCCCGCCAUGGACGAGCAUUCCCGUAUCCUCAUCGACGAUAUUGUCCUGCCAGACACCGGCGCGCACUGGCAAGCCACCAUGGAGGAUAUCUCCAUGAUGGCCGUGCACGCGGCCAAGGAGCGGACGCGGCGCGAGUGGGAGGAGCUGCUGGCACGCGCAGGGCUGCAGAUCAAGGAGCUGUACACGUAUAUUCCGAUCUUGUCGAACUCGGUGCUCGUGGUGGAGAAGAUUCUCAAAUAAUUCCUGAUAGAAAGGAUAGGUUAGCCACAGAUUCUCUUCUCAAUUCAAAUGAAUCUCAAUAGCGUUGGAAAUCUCCGACUCGGUCAGGCU